AUGGAAAAGGUACGCAAGACCUACUUCGACCCUUUGGUCACCACCAAGGGUCAGAUACGCGACAUCCUUAGAGACCUCCCUGAAGGCUCAGCACAUCCUUUCAGCCCCGAAGGCAUCUUGUUAUGCCGCACCAAGGACGGAAUCGAAGAAAUCCCCAUCUCGGGUCACAGCGAGGACUUCUUCUACAAUGCAGUCGAUCUAGGCCAGAUGGGCGAGAUACUGCUACGACGAAUGGAAGGCUUCAGAAAUAUCCUAGGUGCAUUCGGCGACUUUCAGAUCAUGCAGGCUCCCUCAACCACGUUCAAGAUUCCCAUGUCAGACAAGAUCUCCAUCCUGGCAGUUUCAGAACGAUAUCCCACAUACUACGACUUGUGUUUCGGCGACGAAAAGGGCAACACUUCUUGCUGGUGUUCCACGUCCACCCUCCCGGGUCUGAGUCACAGUGGUGACCGCACUGCUAAUAAUGACCUUCUCCAGUACGCUACCCUGGACAAGGAUAGGCUGACAGAGGAACCUGUCUGUGUUUUCAUUUCUGGCUUUAGAGGGACGCAGAUCACCAGGUUCCUGGGGACUCACCCAGCACUGAUGGUGGCGGACCAUGAGGAAAAGACAUUUUACAUCGUCCCAGUUCCUUUGGACAAGGCAACCAUCGGCACCGCAACCCUAUGCUGUCCUCUAGUAGUAAAGCGCGAUGGGGACUCACUAGUCUGCUCCAUUCUUCCUCGAGCCACGGUCGAUCCAACCAAGACAUGUGAAGGGCGGCGCACCGACAGCCCUUGCUUCUCUGAAGCUAUUUCCAGCGCCGAGUUCACCAUCACUGCCGCCCAGGAAGAACCUGUCCAAAGGGCGGAUGAGAUUGUAGUGCCAGAGUCUACUCCACUAGAGAUCAAGGGUGAACCUUUGAAGAAGCGCACCGCCAUCAUCACUACUAAUCCUGACAAUCUUCCUGAAUUGGUCAGUUACUCUGACGUCCAGAUAAUUCGAUUCGGCACCGGCCUUGAAUUCAUUCAUUCAGAAGACACCGAUGAAGAAGACAGCAACAAGUCUGCCGUCGUCCUUCCCUGUAUCUUCGGCUCUCGACUAGAAGGUCCAGUACUUCUGGCUACUGGAAAGACUCCAAUCAAUGUCCCAUUUAGCGAAUCCAAGGCGCUAUGCUCUUACUACGAACAGCUCGAUAACGUGGUUGUUGUCGUCGAUGAAAAGAUGACCGACAAUGCACGAAACUUAGCCCCCAAUUUGCGAAUCAACGCUCUGUUCAUUGUACAGCUGGAAACCAAGGAAAAGCUUGAGACUGCCGACAAGGUCUCUGAGGUGUUGAGCGCAGCAAACAUCAACGCGGUGACUGCACUGGCAGGACCACAGUCACUCAUUUUGGCCCACGUCGACGACAAGUUUUAUUUCUACCGCGGCCUAGCAAAUCCAAAGGCUCUAGAUACCCCCAAGCUGGAAUUUGGAGCUGAUGUCACAGACGUUAUCAAAACAGCCAAUCUAUCUUCACUAUUGGUAGGCAAUAUCUCGAGACUAUUCAACCUUGAAGAGGACAACAGCGUUGUUCUGCCCUAUACUUCCCAGGUCGUCAAGACUCAUGAAUUGUCAAAGCUGUUCGAGAGAAUGACUAUCGACGAGAUCAAAAACAUUCUUGAUGACAUCACAGCGGUAGUCCCUCAGCUCCAGGCUCUUCUCGGUGAGAAGGACCUCCAGCGUUUGUCCAAGGAGCUCGUAGAUACGCUCUCCGCCAAGGUCGACAAACUGAUGGGUCCUAUGCGAAAGGACUACGCUGAGUACCUAACAACAGAAUUUGACAUCAGCGACAAGGAAUCUAUACUCAAAAAGAACAGGAUGCUAGGGGAGCUACGAAAGGCCAGCAAGCAUACCCAGAGUUCUUUGGCCACGGUGAUCACGAGCUUAACGAAUAUGAUGUCGUCCCAAACGACUUCGAAGAGAACACAUGAUAUGAAGAGGCUGAUUCGAAAGACUCAAAUCAGCAACAAUGUCGAAGCCACCAAGUCAAUGACUUUUGAAAGUCUCACGGAUUUGUUAGAGAACCAUGCCCAAGACAUGGGUGUUAUGCUACUCAACAUCGAGACGAUACCAUACAAGGAGCUUUUGGGAAAUCUGCAGGGCUCUACCAUUGAUGCCAAGCCUGCUUGUGCCCUUGACGAUCGAAUCCUUCACCUUGGCGGCUUUGACGCAGGCAUCAUCAUGGAGCAGUCCCAGAUCCAUCAUCACGGUCCUCUUCGAAGCCAGGCUGGUCCAGAUCACCCCAUACUUGCGCUCCCUUACCUAAGCAAGACCCGUGGAACAGGCUCCAUGCUCGCAUGGGUAUGUUGGGACGAGUUCGUCAAUCUCAAGAGCCCGUAUACCGUGCGCUGGAUGGAAAAGUGCAAUGAGUCCCACAUCGCCGCACUACGAAUUAUGAUGCGAGAUACCCUGAGCCAGGCCUUCAUUUCGCGGGAAUUCCAUUACGCGGCUGGAUCUCCUGAGAUUGGACAGUUGAUGGGUUCGUUGCUUAUGGCUGCUAUGUCGAAGCUAGCAGGGAUGAGAACCUCGGCCCCUGUCGUACUGGACACUGCGGAAGACACUGUUACAAGGUUGAUGAGAGGCUUGUUUGGCAGCCUGAUGACUAUAGCCGGAUCUGGAGUGCGGCCUUUGAGUAUGGUUUGGCAACUCGUUGGCCUUGCCCCGCAGUACGAUAUUCCUGCCUCUUACACUGAUUGGGCAUGGUAUGAGAACGUCGUCGAGCUGUAUCCCUACACUGGCUGGCCACUGGAGCAGUUCCACGAAAACGUCGCCAAGCUCCUUGACAAGGUCAUCCUACGAUUCAUCUCCAAAAACGAAGACACCGCUAAAAUCAAGGCCAAUGCGGCUCUAAGUAUGAUUCAGUACUGCAAGCUUCGAAACAUACAGCUCGAGCACUGCCGCACCAUCGUCACCGCAUUUAAGAGGAUGUUCACCGACGACGAUUCAGAUGUCGCGGCUAUUGCUGGACGACUGCUAGAAAAUGUCCCCACGAAGUUGGAGAAGCAGACAUCGGGAUUUACAAAGAUGAUGAAGUAUCUGAGGCAUCUAUCCAAGGGUGGCGAGAGACGUUCAGUAGAUGACCUUGUCUAUGCAAGUGUGUACACAAAGCGUUCCGCAGCGUUCAAGGAACUCAAGACUGCAGUUGCUGAAGCAUGCGGGGAAAAGGACUGGGAUAAAGCAAAGAAGGACUGCCAGGCCGUUCUCGACAAGCACAAGGAGAUUGCCUCAUUCUAUCAGGUUGAACCUGAGAAGCUCAAGGUUCAGAACAUUCAUACCUACCGCGAACUGAUCAGUGCAGACGUGUCAGCAGAUGCAGACCAGGCGACAAAGAACAAGACAAAGAAGACCGUCCAGAGGAUUCUGGACGAUGCUGAGAAGAUGAGGGUCCCUUGGCAAGUUGGCAAGGAUGCAGAAAAGAAUGGCAUUGAACCCCUCGACGAAGGCUUUCUCGAAUUAAUCCUCACUGGAAAGAAGCCUGAAACGGAAAGCGAGGAGACUUCUCAGGCAGUCACCGCACCGUCUGCCGCUGCUAAGGGAGAGUUUUCGCAAUUUGAGGGCUCUGUUCUUCCCGCGUUUAUUUCUACAAUGGAAAAGGAUCUUUCUGCAGAGGAUGUCUGCGACAUUCUCAAUGUACCUGCGUCCUCGAUGCGCGUAUUCAUCAAGGCUUUGAGCCCUGAUUUUGUGUGGAAUGACUUGGGGCAGCGGUUCAAGAUGGUGGUUCUAGGACUCUUGGAGAACAGGACCAACAGGGUGGAGAGUAGACCAGCUGCUAGGCUGUUGAACAUGCUGUAA